CAGCUCAAUUAAAAGAACAUAUUCACUAUCCUAUCAUCUAAAAGAUCAGUUCAGACAGAAGAUUCAACGUCAAGAACUUGCUUCGGAUCAAUCAGCCAGUUGGGAUCCAAUCAGCCAAACUAAACUCUUCUCCUUAAUUAACACCAUUACCAAAUCCCACUAUGUACUUUGUUUCCUCGCAGAAGUAUCCCUCAGCAAUCACCGGUCUAUCGAAACAGUACCAAGAUCAAAGCUUUAUAGCUUGCUUGCACACGUUGAGUAAAUCCCUUGUGAACUACAGAUGGGGUGGAUGUUUAAGAUGGUUUUUUUUUGGGUGAGGAAGAAAGCAAACAAAUUUGGUUCCAUCAAUCCAUAGUUUGUUCUGGAUACCAUCUAUGGUGGUAGAUUAGCGGUUCUUAUAUCCGCCACAUGGCAGCAUCUGAAUCGUCGGUUGAUCUUCUUCUAGAACCGCCGUAAAUAUCGCCAAUUUCUUCUGGAGUUACGUCUACCAAGUCUGCUCAGUCGAGGUGCAACUAUGGCCUCUCAAUGUAGUUGCAGUUGCAGUUCAUUAACCUAUUUCACCUGCAAACCUCGUGAUGGAAAACCCAGGUCCCUGUUUCCCCUCGCGCAUUUCUCGUCUCCUCACGGAGCUCCAUUCCUCGUCAAUUAUAAUGCUUUGAAUCUCUCGGCUCCAAGAUUGAAUAAAGGAGUCUUUGCUCUAGUAUCAGAAGAAAAAGUGAUAGAUUCUAGCGAUUCAGGGGCUGAUGAUAUCUUCCGACUCACUUAUUUAGAGGGGAAUAGUUGGCUAUGGGAAGUCAAUGGAGUGAACAUACUGGUCGAUCCAAUCUUGGUUGGAAACCUGGAUUUUGGAAUUCCUUGGCUUUAUGAUGCUGCCAAGAAGAUUCUCAAGAGUUUCAAGCUUGAAGAUCUUCCUGAAAUUAACUGUUUACUGAUCACACAAAGCCUCGAUGAUCACUGUCACUUGAAAACAUUAAAGCCUCUUUCUGUAAGGUUGCCGAAUCUCAGAGUCAUCGCAACUCCUAACGCAAAAGCACUUUUGGAUCCAUUGUUUAACAAUAUUACAUACUUAAAACCAGGAGAGGCCUCAGAAAUCCAGGUUACUGAUUGUUCUUCAAUUACAAUUCGAGCUACUGCAGGCCCCGUUUUAGGUCCUCCUUGGCAGACUCCCGAGAAUGGUUACCUUGUUACCUCUCCCAAAGGCCAGCUUACACUAUACUAUGAACCCCACUGUGUCUAUAACAAGAGUUCCGUGGAGGAAGAGCGCGCCGAUAUUGUCAUCACUCCUGUCAUAAAGCAGCUCCUCCCAAAUUUCACCUUAGUAUCGGGGCAAGAAGAUGCAGUCGAGCUUGCCAAGCUGCUCAAGGCCAAAUUCGUUGUACCAAUGAAAAACGGUGAUCUUGAUAGCAAAGGGAUUCUUGCCAGCAUUGUCCGGGCUGAAGGGACCAUGGAAUCAUUCAAGGAAAUCUUGUCGAAACAAGUCCCAGACGUGCAAGUUCUUGAGCCUACACCCGGCGUCCCACUGGAAAUUCCAACACCUGCAAAUAGUUCAUGAUCCGGUUAGAAUAUAUCUGUAUCAUCAAGAGACAAUUUGGCAGAACCCUACACCAGGAGCCACAUUAAGUUUCUACCCA